GCAGCACAUGACCAGGAAGUGUUGUCUUAAACAGAAAGAGGGUCGAGUCUGUUCCUUGUCUUUUUCCCCUCAGGAGCUAUUUACUCAGUAACAACAUUUCACGCCGUUACAAAGCACAGAGCGGAGGGAGGAGACGGACAGACAUCAGCCGGUUUGUGACUGAAUCUUGAAAAUGGGCUCAGAUCGCUCCUGUCGGCCUGCGUUAUUGAAUUGUCUCCUAAUCUGCGUCACUUUGUGGAGCAACCUAGGCAGCGGGGUGUUUGCCAAAUCAUACCGGAGACCAAACAUUGUUUUGAUCCUCACCGACGACCUGGACAUCGCAAUCGGGGGUCUGAGUCCACUCAACAAGACGAAAAAACUGAUUGGAGAUGCAGGGAUAUCAUUCUCAAAUGCAUAUGUUGCCAGCCCACUGUGCUGCCCCAGUCGAGCCAGCAUCCUGACAGGGAAAUACCCCCACAACCACCACGUCAUCAACAACACCUUGGAGGGGAACUGCAGCAGCAAAGCCUGGCAGAAGAGCGAGGAGGCCCACACCUUCCCUGCCUUACUGAAGGCCUCCGCAGGCUACCAGACCUUCUUCGCUGGGAAAUACCUCAACCAGUAUGGGCACUCAGAGGCUGGUGGAGUGGAGCAUGUUCCUCCAGGCUGGAACUACUGGGUUGCACUGGAGAAGAACUCUAAAUACUACAACUACACCCUGUCAGUGAACGGGAAGGCUCAGAAACAUGGAGCAGACUACAGCAAAGACUACCUGACAGACGUACUGGCCAACAUGUCUUUGGACUUCCUCCAGUAUAAAUCCAGCUACCAGCCAUUCUUCAUGAUGGUGUCCACGCCAGCCCCCCACUCUCCCUGGACAGCGGCCCCUCAGUACCAGGGCAGCUUCAACAACACCAAGGCCCCCAGAGACCCCAACUUCAACGUCCAUGGGAAGGACAAACACUGGUUGAUCAGACAGGCUAAAACCCCCAUGUCCAAUUCCUCUGUUCAGUUUCUGGAUGAUGCCUUCAGGAAACGGUGGCGAACUCUGCUGUCAGUGGACGACCUGGUGGAGAAAAUAGUGAAGAGGUUGGAGUUCAGAGGUGAACUGGACAACACCUACAUCUUCUUUACCUCUGACAACGGGUAUCACACUGGUCAAUUCUCUCUUCCUCUGGACAAGAGGCAGCUCUAUGAGUUUGACAUCAGGGUUCCUCUCAUGGUCCGAGGACCAAACAUCAAACCCAACCAGACCAGCCAGAUGCUGGUGGCAAAUGUCGACCUCGGUCCAACCAUCCUGGACAUCGCCGGCCUCAACGUCAACAAGACACAGAUGGACGGCAUGUCCUUCCUGCCCGUUAUGGAGGGGAAGAUGAACAGCAGCAGCUGGAGAACAGACAUCCUGGUGGAGUAUGAAGGAGAGGGAAGCAACGUAUCUGACCCUGCCUGCCCUCUGCUGGGACCCGGAGUGUCGGAGUGUUUUCCAGACUGUGUGUGUGAGGACUCAUACAACAACACCUACGCCUGUGUGCGUACUGUCGCCCCCUCUGCCAACCUGCAGUACUGCGAGUUUGACGACAACCAGGUGUUUGUAGAAGUCUACAACGUGACAGCCGACCCCUACCAGCUGACCAAUAUCGCAGACACCGUUGGCCAGGACUUCUUGGAGAAGAUGAACCACAGGCUGAUGAUGCUGCAGUCCUGCUCUGGGCAGUCAUGUCGGACACCUGGUGUGUACGAUCCAAGGUAUAAAUUUGACCCACGACAGAUGUUUACCAGCCACAGCUGGCGGCUCAGCAGACUCAGACAGACACUGAAAUAAAGAAGAACAGACGAGGAGACAGAGGAAGAAGGGCUGUAUUGUAUUUUGUAUUCAGCCUUUCCUGCUGUUGUUGCCUUGUUUUCAGGCCUCCUGAGCCAGUCGCUUUCAUAGAUGGAUGGAGAAAGGAUGAGGUGGGGUCAUAUUUUGAGGAAUAAGUGGGUUGCCAUGGAGACAUGGAGGCCUCUCUGUGGCUCCAGGACCCAUCAUUUAAAGCUUUGAGGUUGGGCUGCUGUUUAGUGAGUUUGUCAGUAGGUGUGCAGAAAAGCCAAAUUAUCAUUAAGGAUGGAUUUAAACUUGGCCCAGUUCUUACAGACACAUAUCUGUUCUCUCUGUUGAGAAAACUGCUAACAAUUUAUUUUACAGGUCCUGUAUUUUAUAUUAAGGUCCUGAAAAGUUUCCUCAUAAUUUCCUUAAAGUUUGUAAGUAUGGACUGCUGAGUAUGUGAACUUUUAUUGUAUUUAAUGUGUUGUAUUCAUUGAUCAUCAUAGGUUUGAAACUUAAAACUAAGGCAUUUUCAUCUUAAAACUACAGGUCAGCAUGUCUUUCAGCCAAUAUGCAGCAUAAACAUCAGUCAAAUGAAUACUUACAGACUGAUUUGUAAUGUUUGGCAGUUCAAAGUAAUUAAGAAUCAAAAUUAAGAUUUUUUUGUAAAUCUGUCUAAGAAACUCCAAUCAAUAUUGACAUCUGUUCAUGAACUAUUUUUCAUUUACCUGUUACAUAAUUCCCUUUUCUUUCUCUUAAAAACUUGAGCGUAACAAGCAAAUGGUUAAUAUCACUAUCAACUAACACUCUUUAUUUCUCUUAUAAUUAGCACCAAAUAGGAAAGGACUUUCUCUGAGAAAGUAACUUGCAGCUAAACAGCGGCAAUUUUUUAGGGAAAUUAUGAGGAAAGUUUCCAGGAAAUUAGCAGGAAAAUAUGGGACCCAUAAAAUAAAGCUUUACCAGAAUAUCAUGUCAAUGAUCCAAACAGUGGCCAUAGAAGAUUUUUCAUUUCCUCGUCUAAGUACAGGGAUUUUUGGUGCAUUCGGAUGGUCCUUGAGAAUUUAUCAGCAGGAAGUUUCAAUUCUCUUAAUAAUGGUCAUUUCCUUUAUCAGACAGUGUGAUUUCUCCAAUUAAUCAGUCAGCCUAGAAAAUAUUAAAUAUAAUAACAUGUCCAUCACAAGUUUCCACAUUUUCUUUACAGUGAAGAAUCAAAGAUGAUACAUUUA